AUGUUUGGGUUGGCUUGGGUGGGAAUAAUGAUUGGACUGGCUAACGGUAAGAAUCUUCGGAAUGCCUUGAGUUUUUGUGAUGGAUAAUAUGAAUUUUAUAUUACACAUAAUAAGUCAUAUAAAUUUGAUGUGUAUUAACUAAAACUACCUCUAGGAUGUUUUCCCUUGGCAACUCAGCCCUUCUACGCUCCCCCUCCAGCCGUUCCCCCCGCAAGUUACUAUUAUGUCCAACCUCAGCCCCAAUAUCAAGUUCCUUAUUCGAGUCGGACUCGGUUGGCCUCUUCAAAUCGAAUCUAUUCGGAACAAAAAGAUGAUCUCCCAGUUUCAUCUACAGGCAAUGAUUGCCUUCAGAAGUUUGAGAAUCACAAACUGAUUUGUGCCGAACCGAUUGAACGGAGAACCGAGACAAGUGAGGAUGAAUGUCAGCAGUUGUGUGAUUCUGUUAACUGCAAGAGCUUCCAAUUUGAUGCAGCGACAGCUAGUUGCGAUGUGUUCCAGGUAAAUUUGGGAUAGGUAUUAACAAAGCUCUUCUAUGACAAAUUUAUUUUUUGGUCCCUUUAGAUUUAUUUUACAUAGGUUUGGCGGUACUGCAAAUAAUAAGAAGAUAUCUCAUCUCGGUUGCAAGAUAGGUUAAUGGCGGUUGUAUUUUAGCUCGACCAUCGCCACGGAGCUCCUAGAUAUCCAUUUAAGGAUCAACAGAGCUUCAGGCAGAAACGAGAUCGUCACGAACAACAUACGGCUAUCGGGAAAGUGAAAAGAAUCUUCAAAAGAAUGGCAAACGGGAUUGAUGACGUCAUGAGGGACUCUCUCCGGCCAUUACCGUAUGCCCGAUGAUUUUUUUAAUCGUACUCUUUUAAAAUUGAUUUUUCAGAAAUGGACAGUCAAUUACAGCCUACUGCGACCCUUCUCUGGUCACAUCCCCAGGUUUCACAUUCACCCUGGUCGAUGAAGAUUGCAAACUCUCGAUCAAAGAAGGCCUCAUUCAGAAUCAAAAUCUCCAAAAUGAAUUCGACGGAGCGAUAGAGUCCUUUAGCAAUGAAAAUGGGGCAAUCCGAGGGCACAGCCACAGGAAUGCCGGGCCAGGCCCAGUCCAGACGGUGAUCCCGGAAACUCCCGAUUGUCCGGAUGGAAAUAAGGCCCGAAUUCAGCUGAUCGAAGGGAUCAGUUUGGUGCAGGCAAGGGCUGUCACAACUGUUCAGUUGGAUACUCCGGAGAUUUGUCUUCAGAUCUGCAGAAUGAGUGCGGUAAGGGAAAGAAUAUAAAAUAACAAAAGGUCAUUCGUGAGCUAACUAAUAUCUUUUGAAUUUGAUUAUGUACCUAUUUGAGUAAAAUUUUAAUAGGCAGUCUAAUUUUAAGGCUAGAAAGUAUCCAUUUAAUAUCAACUCUAAUGUAAUCUCCUUUUUGGCUCGUUAUAGAUUACUAGAACCAGUCUUAAAUUGAGCUUCUUACUCUAGUUAAACCCCUUCUAGCAUUUGGACGGCACCCGUUUCCAGAAAGCUUGUAAAUCGGCGGUUUUCGAUCGGUCCACGGGUAAAUGCACGAUCUACGAAGAGGUUAUCUCGCCGAAUGGAGAUCUCAACUACAACCCCAACCCGAAUGCCGUCUACUUUGAAAAGUUUUGUAUCAGUGGUGAGUGAUCCAAGUGAAUUUGAGUCUCAUAUUUAGCGGCCGAACUUCCAAUUACUUGUGAUGACGUCAUCCACAGGAUUCCUCAACAUACUCUGGAUAAACGGGCCAUUGGAACUGGUGCUGUGGUGACGACGGCCACACAAAUCGAUUGUAUUCGGCAAUGCAUUACGGCCAAGGCAAGUGAAAAAAAUUAAGAUCUUAAUGUUGCGUUAUAUUGUACAUGAUUUUUACUCAAUUUAUUGAAUGUUUUCCUCUAAGUUUUCCAUAUUUUAGCGUCGUUUGAACUUUGAAUGCCGUGCAAUCUCCUAUUUCUUUGAUUGGCCCUCCGAAAACUGCUAUCUCAGCCGCUUCACACGGCUCCAAAGACCAGACGUCUACGUUCCGGAGAGAAAAGAGCUCGUGGAUUAUCUGGAAAUGCCUCAUUGUGUGAACACGUGUAAGUUUACAUCUUAUCACAUAUUUUAA